AUGAAUAAAAAAUCCGAUUAUGAAGCUACAGUGUUUUCAGGCAUGUAUUCCUUAAUUUUCAAGUCUUCAAAAGGAACAUCAAAUCUACAGCUUCCUAACAUAUUCAUGGAAGAGGUGAGUGAAGUCAAAGAAGCUGAGUCUCAGAAAGAGGAUAAAAAAAAUUCUAAAAAAAAAAGAUCGAGAAAGUCGCCAAAAAUGAAGGUCACAGCUUGCCCUCAUUACAAUAAUCGUCAUUACGCCAAGAAUAUGUGCAACUCUUGCUAUCAUAAAAGUGGAAGAGACAAAAAAGCUUGAACUUGCCCACACCAGGAUCGCUCACUCUACGCAAAGGGAAUGUGCCAGCUCUGCUAUUUGCGGAGUUACCAUAGAGCCAGGAUUUGUAAGCCCAUUAAUACUGAAGAUUUGGCAAUUUAA